AGCGCCGAGAGGGCGAGUAUGCGCUGGUGGCGCCAGGUUGGGCGGCGGGGCGGGCACUGCGGUACGGGACACGGGCUGCGCCGCCGGGCCGCCGCCAUGGGUCUGGGCGCCAGCGCCGAGCAGCCCGCGGGCGGCGCCGAGGGCUUCCACCUGCACGGGGUACAGGAGAACUCCCCAGCCCAGCAGGCGGGCCUGGAGCCCUACUUUGACUUCAUCAUCACCAUCGGGCACUCGAGGCUGAACAAGGAGAAUGACACUCUGAAGGCCCUGCUGAAGGCCAAUGUGGAGAAGCCCGUGAAGCUGGAGGUGUUCAACAUGAAGACCAUGAAGGUGCGCGAGGUGGAAGUGGUGCCCAGCAACAUGUGGGGUGGCCAGGGCCUGCUGGGGGCCAGUGUGCGCUUCUGCAGCUUCCGCAGGGCCAGCGAGCACGUGUGGCACGUGCUGGACGUGGAACCUUCUUCACCUGCCUCCCUUGCUGGCCUGCGCCCCUACACAGACUAUGUGGUUGGGUCAGACCAGAUCCUCCAGGAGUCCGAGGACUUCUUUACACUCAUCGAGUCCCACGAGGGGAAGCCCUUGAAGCUGAUGGUUUACAACUCCGAGUCCGACUCCUGCCGGGAGGUGACUGUAACUCCCAACGCAGCCUGGGGUGGAGAGGGCAGUCUGGGCUGUGGUAUUGGCUACGGGUAUCUGCACCGGAUCCCAACCCAGCCUCCCAGCCACCACAAGAAGCCACUUGAUGCCCCGCCACCUGGUGCCCCGCCACCUGAUGCCCUGCCUCCUGAUGUCCCGCCACCUGGACCCACCCCCCAGGACUCUCCUGCCCCUCCUGGCCCAGAAAUAGGCUCCAGGCAGGAUGACUACAUGGAGGCUCUGCUGCAGGCACCUGGCUCCUUCAUGGAGGGACAGCUUUCUGAGCCUGGGAGUCCCAGCCAUGGUGCUGCAGACCUUGGGGGAUUCCCACGUCCCAUGGAGAUUCCUCUUCAGCCUCCCCCUCCAGUGCAGCGCGUCAUGGACCCAGGCUUCCUGGCCGUGUCGGGUCUCUCCCUCUCGGAGAGCAGCAGUGCCGGUGUCCGGCCCAGCCUGCCCUCGGCCACAGAGCUGACCCGCACAGCUCACUCAGCCUCCGGGCCCGAGGACGUCUCCAGCUGCGGUUCUCACGAGCGUGGCGGUGAGGCCACAUGGUCCGGAUCAGAGUUUGAGGUCUCCUUCCCGGAUAGCCCAGGCACCCAGGCCCAGCCAGACCACCUGCCUCAGCUAACCCUUCCCGACAGCCUCACCUCUGCAGCCUCACCAGAAGACGGGCUGUCUGCUGAGCUGCUCGAAGCGCAGGCUGAGGAGCCGGCAAGCACAGAGAGCCCAGAUUUCGAGGCAGAGGCUGAGGAGGCAGCCAGCCAGACCCAGGUCUCCACCCCCGAAUAACGCCCUUGGCUGUGUCGAGGCCCCUGAUGGCAUUUCAUGAGGCCUAGAUGUGCGGAAGCAGCUCAGGCCACACUCCAUAGCCCAGCCCCU